CUGAGUCAGGCAAGAGGGUGGAAAAAAACAAGGAAGGAAGCUCUCAGUAGGCAUGUGUGUGUAUGUUUAGUUCUUCUGAAUGUGUGUUAGAGGAAAAAAUAAGGAUUUGGGGAUUUCAACACUAUUAAAGCCUUUCUAAAGAUGGAUAUGGAUGUUCCGGACCCUUCCCAUGGGAAUAUGGGGCUGCUGAGAACCUUUGACUCCUCUGAGUUUGGGAGCUGGGAGAAGAUCGGCUCGGGCGGCUUUGGACAAGUAUACAAAGUCCGGCAUGUACAGUGGAAAACAUGGCUGGCUAUCAAGUGCCCUCCCUGCCUUCAUGUAGAUGACAAGGAACGAGCAGAGCUGCUGGAAGAGGCUAAGAAGAUGGAGGCGGCUAAGUUUCGCUACAUCCUGCCAGUGUAUGGGAUUUGUGGGGACCCCCAGGGCCUGGUGAUGGAGUACAUGGAGACAGGCUCCCUGGAGACCCUGCUGGCUGCUGAGCCUCUGCCCUGGGAGCUGCGCUUCAGGAUCAUCCACGAGACGGCGGUGGGCAUGAACUUCCUGCACUGCAUGAGCCCACCCCUCCUGCACCUGGACCUAAAACCUGCCAACAUCCUACUGGACGCACACUACCACGUCAAGAUAUCAGAUUUUGGUCUGGCACGAUGGAACGGCCUCUCCAGGGUUGAUGAAAUCAGCCGUGACGGGUUCUGUGGCACCAUUGCCUACCUGCCGCCGGAGAGCAUCAUCGAGAAGGACAGGGUGUCAGAAACCAAGCAUGACGUCUACAGCUUUUCCAUAGUCAUCUGGGGAAUUCUCACACAAAAGAAACCUUACCAAGGGGAGAACAACAUCCUGCAGAUCAUGGUGAAGGUGGUAAGAGGGGUGCGCCCUGACCUCAAUGUUGUGCCCCGGAGUCGACCCCAGGCCUGCACGGGGUUCCUGUGCCUCAUGCAACGCUGCUGGGCCCCCUCACCUGACACCAGACCCAGCUUCCAGGAAAUCACAUCAGAAACCGAGGAGCUGUGUUCUAAACCCCAAGAGGAGUCCAAGACCCAAACUCCUGAGCUCGAGAAUAACCACUGCCAUGGACUACCCACUGACAAGAAACCAGUCAGGCCCAAAUCAGCCAUGCUGCCAGAGAAAGACUACAGCCUAUCAGAGCUGCUGAGCCAGGUGGACUCUGGGAUAUCUCGGAGCUUUGACCGUGUGACAGAGGACUGCUGUCCCAGCAAAGACAACACCAGCAAGAGACUGUCAGGGAUCUCCUCUGUAGACUCUGCCUUCUCCUCUCAAGACUCCAUCACCCUCUCCUUUGAGAAAGAGAAUAGCUGUGACUCCGGGGAGGUGCAGAGGAGGAAGCUGAGCGACGCCAUCCGUACCAAAGACAUGUCCAAGCUGAUGAAGAUCCUGCAGCCUCAGGACGUGGACCUCUUAUUGGAGGGCGGCUGCAGCCUGCUCCACCACGCCGUCACGCAGGCCAACGAGGAGGCCAUCAAGUUCCUGCUCCUCAACCACGCCAACACCAACCUGGCCAACGCUCGCGGCUCCACCCCACUCCACCUGGCUACCGAGAUGCACCUGAAGGGCCUGGCCGAGCUACUGCUGGGCCGUCGGAGCACCAACGCCAACGCUCGGGACGAGGACCAAUACACGGCCCUGCACUGUGCUGCUCAGAACGGGGACGAGGCCAUCACCCGCCUGCUGCUGGACCGCGGCGCCUCCAUCAAUGAGACUGACGCCCAGGGCCGCACGCCUGCACACAUCGCCUGUCAGCAUGGCCAAGAGAACGUGGUCAGGGUGCUGCUGAGCCGAGGUGCAGACAUCCACGUGAAGGGCAGAGAUGACUGGACGGCUCUUCACCUGGCUGCCUGGCAGGGCCACCUGGGCAUUGCCAAACUGCUGGUGAAGCAGGCUGGAGCGGACGUAGAUGGGCAGACCACUGACGGGCGCACGGCGCUGCACCUGGCCUCCCAAAGGGGGCAGUACAGGGUGGCAAGGAUCCUGAUAGAGCUGGGGGCAGACGUCCACGUGACCUCCAUGGGCUUCCACACCCCCCUGCACGUGGCAGCUGAGACAGGCCACACCAGCACCUCCCGCCUCCUGGUCAAGCACAAUGCAGACAUCCAGGCCCGGACUGGCCAGGGUCUUACCGCCCUCCACCUCGCUGCCCAACGUGGCCACUUGCCCACAGUGAAGAUGCUGAUGGAGGAAGGGGCAGACCCCUACUGCACCAAUCAGACCCUGCGUACCCCCUGCCACCUGGCGGCAGAAGGGGGCCACUGUGAGGUCUUCAAAGAGCUUCUGGUCCACUGCCCUGAGGCUAUUAGUCUGUCAGACGAACAGGGCCUCACCCCUAUGCACCUGGCUGUGAGGGGAGGCUAUACAGAUAUCACCAGCAUGCUUCUGGCCCAGGGGGUGGAACUAUCACCGGACGCACCACAGGACUCCAUCUCCCAACAUACACAAGAGUUACAACAGGACUCCAUACCCCUGCCACAGGAAGUACCACAGGACUCCAUCUCCCAACAUACACAAGAGUUACAACAGGACUCCAUACCCCUGCCACAGGAAGUACCACAGGACUCCAUCUCCCAACAUACACAAGAGUUACAACAGGACUCCAUACCCCUGCCACAGGAAGUACCACAGGACUCCAUCUCCCAACAUACACAAGAGUUACAACAGGACUCCAUACCCCUGCCACAGGAAGUACCACAGGACUCCAUCUCCCAACAUACACAAGAGUUACAACAGGACUCCAUACCCCUGCCACAGGAAGUACCACAGGACUCCAUCUCCCAACAUACACAAGAGUUACAACAGGACUCCAUACCCCUGUCACAGGAAGUACCACAGGACUCCAUCUCCCAACAUACACAAGAGUUACAACAGGACUCCAUACCCCUGCCACAGGAAGUACCACAGGACUCCAUCUCCCAACAUACACAAGAGUUACAACAGGACUCCAUACCCCUGUCACAGGAAGUACCACAGGACUCCAUCUCCCAACAUACACAAGAGUUACAACAGGACUCCAUACCCCUGCCACAGGAAGUACCACAGGACUCCAUCUCCCAACAUACACAAGAGUUACAACAGGACUCCAUACCCCUGCCACAGGAAGUACCACAGGACUCCAUCUCCCAACAUACACAAGAGUUACAACAGGACUCCAUACCCCUGCCACAGGAAGUACCACAGGACUCCUUCCCCCAGGACACCCUGCAUCCAACAGCAGAGGACUGCCCAAAGCUCCUGGCUCGUAGGCCUAGCCAGUUGGCCUUGCGGCUCCAGAGGAAGGUUGUAAUCUUGAAACUGACGGAGCAUGAGGGUAACGAAUGUCCAGAGUCCUCCGCUGAGAGGAGGGAGUCACCCAGUGACUGGAUUGUACAGAACUGUCCUUGAAUUGAAAAUAGUCAGGGAUCUCUUCUAUUCCCUUCCCCAUUGAUGUGAUGGGAGAAGUGUGAAAGCUAAAGAGACCAGCUGUUUUAUUGUGAUUUUUUUUUUGUACAUAGUAUUUUUGAUUGAUUGUGUGUUAAUAUUAUGUCCGUCUUUGAUUGAUCAUUCAUUGCCAGAUGUUAUGAUUAUUUGGUGCUUUGGGCCUCUCAAAACCCCUGUUAUCUUACUUGGUAUCUUGUCAGGGAAGGAAUGCCUUAAUGUAAAUACACUGUAUAUAGAACCAUGAGAUCUUUUGGAUCGUCAUUUACUUUUUUCCUUUCAUGUUAAAUAUAGACUCCAUGUCACGUUUUCCCCCUUAGUAGUGUAACUUUUCUACUUUGCAUAUGCACAUUCGUACAUUCAUUGCCUUCUGUACAGUAAGAGAAUGUUGACAUCUGUGGAAUGCUCAUUUGUAUUUUCAUUUCCCAUCUACUUACUCUAGCUGGUAUGUUCAUCCUGUCCAUAAGUUAUAUUCUCUAAUAAAACAAGUGUCAGUACAA